AUGCUACGCAUUACCAUCUGGCUUGCUUUAUGUUGCAUAUUGAGCACUUGUCAGGCACAAACGUUGUGUGAUGUUGAGUUAUUAUACUCCCGACUGUUGGCAGACGCUGUGCUUGCGGAUUCGUUUUGUGCACAGUUCCUUGCAACGAGGCCAUUGUCAUCUGAUUUCGACCAUCAAUUUGGCUCAAAUUGCGAUGUCUACAAAGCAGAGCUGACGCUGGGCUGCUCUGUCUUCAAAGCCGCAAAGCGAGUGCUGCAACAGGCCACCUUGACGAUCACAGUCACAGAGUCGCUGAUUGAGACAAUGACGGUCUCUGCAUCUCGAGAAGAAUGUACUCCUAUUACAGUCACUGUUCCACUGGGCGCUAACCGCUCGCUACCGAGCUCAUAUCUUACUGCCGUUGAGGCUGUACGGGAGGAUUCGAGCUCUCAACUGUACAACAUUAAUGCAGGCGUGAUCCAGCGACCGCGUUUCGAAAGCAGCUUCAUGACUUUUACCACGCGAACCACAUCCUCCACCAUGAGCACUGUUGGAGUUGUGGAUGUACCUUCUUCAACACUGUCGACUACAGUUCUUCCAACCAUAUUCCCAACAGUGUCAUCGUUAGCUCCAACGUCACCUACAGCAACUGGAGAAUGUGUUCCUAUAGCACAACCUCCAGCGGUUGACUACCAUGUCUUCCAACCCCUUAUUGACCUCUCCUUCGAUAACUCUUCCUCUUCCAUCGGAGCAACAACGGUGAUCCAGCCAGACGAUACAAACUUGGAGAAUUGCACACCAUACACCGUUAUUUACCUCCCUGACGAAUCAGUGAACACCUGCGUGCGAAUGACUGGAGAGUGGACGCCGCAAUAUUCCAACGCUUACUAUAAAUGUAUAGCUAGAGUACGUGCACCAGACUUCAACCCUGAGAAUUAUUUGCAAGCCACGACAGGGCUCAACUUCACUGCGAAUGAUGGCUCCUACUCUAUGGUGACGAGUCGAACUAUUGGGAGAAGGCCGGAGAAGAAGUACAAGGAGUCCAGCAUGAUGCUGUUUGCGCAGGAAAAGAAGGCGUACAAUGUCGGCUUUUGGGCUUGUGGACCAGGGAUGACGUUGUUUGUUUCGGAAUUGAGCUGCACGCAUUAUGGUUGA